CACGGCUGUGCCAGGCUGUCCCCGAUUUUGGGGGGGCUCCCAGGGGGCACAGGCAGCCCUAUGGCCGGGGGUGCUGCAGUGAGGGCUGGGCAUGGUCCCCACGGCGGGACACGGGAUGGUGUUGGCCACAUGGCUGUGUUCCCGGGCGGGAGUCAGAGGGUGCUGUGCCCAGACCACACUGAAAUCCCGAAUUUCUGGAGUGUUUUGGGAGCAGAGAGAAGCAGAACUGGAGCCAGGAGCAUUCUGUCGGUCUGGGAAUUUUCUAAUCAGCCCAAUGACUGUUGUCUGGAGCUGGUCGCUGGCAGCAGCCCCGGCUCCCCAGCCUUGAGCAAUCCCACUCAGCUCCUUCCAUCUGGGUUUGCUCCGCAUCCUCGGAAGACAAACGGAGCAAGAAAACCGGAGCUGCCUUUUGAUUUCCACGAGGAAGUUCAGGUCCCUGUGCAUGAUCCCGGGAAUGGGGUCGGCGAUGUGGCUGCUGCUGCUGGCACUGCUGGCGGCCCCAGCACACACGGCAGCCCCCCGGCACCCCCUGGUGCUGCCAGACACGGGGGGCAGUGGGGACGGGGAUGAGGCAUCGGCCACACCACCCGCCCCCCCGGCGACCCCCCGGAUCAGCCCCACGGUGGGGGACGCAGGGGGGACCACCGUGACCAACAGCUCUGCCCCGGGAGUGCUGGACGGGCUGGUGGACUUCUUCAAGGAGUACCUGCUGCUGGUGGUGGUGGUGGGCUCGCUGUCCUUCGUGCUCCUCUUCAUCAUCUGCGCCGCCAUCAUCGUGCGCCAGAAGCACAAGGCCUCCGCCUACUACCCCUCGUCCUUCCCCAAGCAGAAGUACGUGGAUGAGCGGGACAAGGUGGGGGGGCCCCGGGCCUUCAGCGAGGUGCCCGACAAGGCCCCCGAGCCGGGCGCGGAGGAGCCGCUGGACGGCAGCCGGCAGCUCCAGGCGGACAUCCUGGCAGCGGCCCAGAGCCUCAAAUCCCCCCCCAGGGCACCGCUGGCCAACGGGGCCCAGGCUGAGCAGAAUCCCACCGGGGAAGAGGAGAAGGAAGAAGAGGAAGGAAGCAAGAAGUUGGCAGAUGACCAACCUGCUAAGCCCUCUCCCCAAAAUCCAGGCGUGGAGGAAGUGGCGGGAGCGACGGGAGCAGGGGGCAAGGAGACCCCUGACGUGCCCCAGGAUGGCUCCUCAGCCCCCUCUGGAGUCUGAGGCAGGGACACGGUCCCGGGUGAGCCCAAGGAGCCGCCAGAUUGGGACGCAUGAUGGACAUGGAUCAACGCUCCGUACGUACGUGGUGGCUCAAGGAAGCCCCGAUGAAGAUCCUGCUCCCUCACCCUCCCCAGCCCCCUUGAGCCCCCCUACCCUUGUGCCAACGGGACACUGUGGUAAAUCCACGGGGUUUUUUGGUAGCCGCUGGUUUCCCCCAGGGCUGGAAUGCCAGCAGCCCCUGCUCCUGCUGCCCAAGGGGCUUUUCCCACCCCAGCUCUGGCUCUGCCCUCCCUGUGCCAACAGCUUCCUCCCAAAUGUUAUUUUACUGAUCAGUCUCCUGGGCUGGACACCUGGCUGGGAGCUGUGUCCCUUCGGGAAGAGGGACAGGACCAGGGUCAAGGUCUGUAGCUGUCCCCUCCCUGGGCAGCGGGGCAGGGACUCCCUGUGACCAUGGGCAUCAUGGGUGGCUUUGCCCAUGGCUGUGGCACUGAGGCCACACGGACAGGCUGCCCUUGGCCACCCGAGGGGAGGAGGGAUGAGGAUUUAGGGACAAGGACCCAUCCUUUCAUUUUUUCACCCCAAAGCAUGUCCCAGAGCCCAGCUGGACUUUUGCCUCAUUUCCUUAACCCCUCUGGCUAGAAAUAAACAUUUCUUCUGCAGACCUUUUUCGUGUUUCUCUGCAGC